GCCCCCACCCCAGGCUCGCUCUCCGCCCACGACCCCCUGCCUGGACGGGAUCCACCCUCCGCCCAAUCCGGGCCCUAGCCCUCGGUCCGCGUCCCGGUCUACGCUCAGGCCACGCCCCUCAUCCGAGCCCGCCCUCCGUCCCAGUCCAGACCCCGCCCCUACGCCCAACUGGGCUCUCGGCGGAGCCGCUAGGGGUCGCUGCGCGCCGUGCAGACGUGGCUGCUCCGCUCACCAGCUUUCCCCUCGCUGCUCCGCGCCGAGCGUUUGGCGCCAAAACCAAAGGCGCUCGUCACCCCACGCAGGCCUCGUCCCUGGAAGGCUCGCCGUCCGCGCCAUGUCAAAGAAAAAAGGACUGAGUGCAGAAGAAAAGAGAGCCCGUAUGAUGCAAAUAUUUUUUGAGACAAAAGAUGUAUUUCAAUUAAAAGACUUGGAGAAGAUUGCUCCCAAAGAGAAAGGGAUUACUGCUAUGUCAGUGAAAGAAGUUCUCCAAAGCUUAGUUGAUGAUAGUAUGGUGGACUGUGAGAGGAUUGGAACGUCUAAUUAUUACUGGGCUUUUCCGAGCAAAGCUCUCCAUGCAAGGAAACGUAAAUUGGAGGAGCUGGAAUCUCAGUUGUCUGAAGGAAGCCAGAAACAUGCAAACCUACAGAAAAGCAUUGAAAAAGCAAAAAUUGGCCGACACGAGACGGAAGAACGAACCAGGCUAGCCAAAGAGCUUUCUUCACUUCGAGACCAAAGAGAACAGCUUAAAGCAGAACUAGAAAAAUACAAAGAUUGUGACCCGCAAGUUGUGGAAGAAAUACGUCAAGCAAAUAAAGUAGCCAAAGAAGCUGCUAACCGAUGGACUGAUAAUAUCUUUGCAAUAAAAUCUUGGGCCAAAAGAAAAUUUGGAUUUGAAGAAAAUAAAAUUGAUAAAAAUUUUGGAAUUCCAGAAGACUUUGACUACAUAGACUGAAAUGUGUGAUGGUGGAGAAGGCUCUUCGAGCUUGUAAAUAUGUAAAUUCUAAAAUAUUACCUCACUGACAGUGAACUGUCAUUGCCCUGUAACUGUUUGUUGGUUUAUUGAUUCUAAAUAAAGAAUAAACCACAGGUCUUCUUCAGCUUU